AUGGAUCUAUUUGACGACUUACCAGAGCCCAUUCAGACCGGUCCUGCCACGGCUGCCAUCUCGCCGCGAUCCGCCAAAGAUGUGGACAACGAUGAGAACCACGUCAAGCGAAAACGAGAGGAAGAAGAACGUGUCACAUCCACAAAAGAAGAAGAGGAGAGCAAGAAAGUUUGUAGAGAAGCCCUCCCUGUGCUGCGAGGUUACGUAGCCGCGAGGCGCGGUGAGCGUGAAGAAAUGCAGGAUGCUCAUGUUUUACUUCCUGACAUGAGUGAUUGUCUGUCAACGCUACCUGCACAAAUAUCAAGGGUGUCAUAUUUUGCUGUUUUUGACGGUCAUGGCGGCGAUCGAGCCUCUCGCUUCGCGGCUGAGCAUUUUCACCACAUUCUAGCAAAGAACUUUCCUCAAGGUGAAAAUGAGAACCUGGACAAGUUAAUAAAGAAAUGCCUUUUGGACACUUUCCGCCAGACGGAUGAAGACUUUCUCAAAAAAGCGUCCAGCCAGAAGCCAGCAUGGAAAGACGGCUCCACAGCAACAUGCGUGUUAGUGCUGGACAACACGGUUUAUGUGACCAACCUGGGAGACAGCAAGGCUGUGCUGUGUCGCAUGGAGGUAGACGGAGAGGCCUCAGAAGGACAGCGUAGGCGGCCGGCCACGUUGGCGCUCAGUCGAGACCACAAUCCCACCAUCUACGAGGAGAGGAUGAGGAUCCAAAGGGCAGGAGGAACAGUCAGGGAGGGACGGGUAAUGGGCGUCCUGGAAGUGUCACGUUCUAUCGGUGAUGGCCAGUAUAAGCGCUGCGGUGUCAUUUCCACUCCAGACCUUAGGAGGUGUCAGCUGACAGCCAAUGAUAGGUUCAUCAUCUUGGCCUGUGACGGCUUGUUCAAAGUGUUUUCAGCAGCUGAGGCUGUCAGAUUUGUCCUUGAUGUCCUUCAGGACAGUAAGUUUACGGGCAAGGAGGAGCAGUUUGAGGCGGCCUGUCAACAGUUGGCCAGUGAGGCGGUUCGACGGGGCUGUGCUGACAACGUCACAGUUAUCUUAAUUUCUAUCGACUUCUAA